CAAUAUAUUCUAGAGGAUAUAAAAAAUUGCAGACUUUUUGUGCGACACGAAAUGCCAUAAGGCUGCCACUCUAGUAAUUUCUCCUAAUCUUAUUCCAGUAGUAUACUUCCAAAGUAAAUGUCACCCGCAUUUCUACGUAAUAAAAUGUAAUUAUUAUGGGUAUCUUACAAUGCAAUUAGUAAUACAUUUUAUUAUCCACAAUGCUAAUGCACUUUGCACGGGUUCUGACGCAAAGGAAACGGUGAUAAGAGCGAAGACGAUCAAUGAAACUGGCGAGUGUGAGUACUGGUACGUACCAGAUAUGAUCGCGCGUGAACUAUGUCCACCUACCGCUCGAGUCUAUGUAGGAAGGCAGCUUAGAUUUCGCGGCAUUAAAGGAAAGCGGUUCGAGGCGGUUUCCGAAGGGAUUAAGGGACAAUUGUUUAAUAUGAACAUGUUGGAACCUCGUGUUGGAACUCCUAUUGCGGUGACGGAAUUACUGGAUGCGGUGGACGGUCAAGCGAUACCAGACAUUAAUCAUUUCGUGUCUGAACAGCAUUAACUGCCUCUGAUCGUGUUUCCGGUUAUUACAUUUGUAGGUAUAGUCUACAGAGAAGAAUUAAACGACUUGCGUUAUAAUUGUUUUAUAGAUUCGAUUGAAUUUAACAGGAUUAGUGUAAAUUUGUUAAUACUGGAUGUCAACAGCAUAUAUCUCUAAAAUAUUCUUGCACAACGUUACGAUGUAUGAAAGGGUAGUUUAUCUUUCGCUCGAUAAUACUGACGAUUUCGUAAUACUAAGCUGUCUCUAAAUUUUUUAUCAACGACUAAAAGUAAAUGUGGCUGAUCUUUGAACCUUAAAAAAUUGUCUAUUAAAGGAAAAAGUACUGUCGCCUUUUUCUAACCGAUAGUACAAUCUUAAUCUUAUCUGUUGGAAUGUCUCAACAUUUUGAAAGACUCCUCCCGUAUUUAUAAUAAUAGGCGCAAUAAUAAACUGUCUAUCAAUAAAAACGGACACCAUUGCCAACAAGCUUCACGGUUCCUUACGUAACGCCGACAUACGAGGGUGCGGUACCUGGUAUUAUUCAUUAUUAUCUCCAGUGGUGAAUAAAAUAUUUGGCCUUGAUCUAAAUAAUCGAAUGCUCGAAUAUCGAAAAUGUCUAUAAAUAAAUGAGCAAACCGUUCUAAAUGAAAAAGAACAGGACACUGUCGCAGCCCGAUGGCCAAUCACUGAUUCAUUCCCGGCAUUUUAGGCUUUCGACACUUGGCUCGUCGAUUCCCGCCGCGUUCUCUGUUGCAACAUUGUUUGCACGGAUGUCCGUUCGAUAAUCGACCUAUUUUUAACCCGAAAGGAUUAAAAGGAAAAAGAACCAAUGGUCUAAGUUUUCUAUGAUUUUACCUAUUCGUUCUACAUAUUUCCUCGUGAAAUCAGCUCGUAUGUUACAAAUAUUCAUGUAUGUAUCACUAAAGAGAAACGGAAACAUUCUCUUGGUGUUGUCUAGCUUUGUGAUCAAAGAUCGUGGCACGUACUUCGGUCGUGGUCAAAAAUUAGUGUCAUUAGUGACGGUGCCAUAAUUACAACGCGUCUCAAUAUACAUCGCUGUUCCUGACCUUUCUGUGCCUCACGCCUCAAGUAGUAUCACCGUCUUUCUUCUUUCACAAAAUGUUCAAAACUGUAUUUUUAGCAAUCAGGAAUUUUUUAAAUCCUGAUUUUUCUGUAUGUUACGUCGUCGUUCAUAUCUUGAGACGAUCGCUGGCCGUAGGAAUGGUAAUCUCUUGAGUUUUUCACGAAAACGAUAAACGCAGGAUGUUUUAUGUAAUCCGAUAAUGAAACGGCGUGCAACCUACUUGGCAUCGGAGUGUGAUCGCGCGUAGUAAAUUCGUGCGUUUCACAACAUUAUUUUUACCCGAGACGUAUUGUUGUUGGCGUAUCGCAAACGACUCGCUUGUUUUACGAUUAAUCUUUUAAACAUUGUAAUCGUACUGCUAGUAUGUGCAUCAAUGCGUCGCGUGCAAAAUGCCAGCCGUGGCCCGAGAUUCACUUCGCGAAUUCGGGGGUCUCAGGACCGGAACUAAGUUUAGACGCUCUGAGAGUCCGCUUCAAGCGUCGGAAUCUCUUGUUUAUUCUUCGGCGAUAAGAUAUAUUUCGUAUUUUUUAACAGCUCGUUCGCACGUCUUGUAUAACAGGCCUAAGCUUGCGGGUCCUAAGUAGCGUCGUUAGAAGUGCAUGAAGCGAGAUGUCGAAACGCAUCUUCGAUUAACACUGCAGUCAGAAAUCGUGGAAGAGUGAAAGUAGGUUUCCUUGUUAACAUAGGACUUUCCUAACGAGAGAUACAAAGUUUACUAAGUACUCUACGAGAUUUCAACGUCUCAGAACAACUGGAUUUCCGUUGAUUAAAGUCUAGCACGGAUAGAUUCGUAUUUCUCUAAGCGAUACGAUUACGGUUCCACGUGAGAUAUAUUGAGUCGCAGCGAGGAUCGGCAAACAAUUAAGUCAGCUUUGUUCUUUCCCACGAUUCAAUGAACCGUGGAAGAGAGGAGUCGACCUACGACAUGGUUAGCGAAGCCGAGGGCCAACGCUGCUGAUCCUCGCCCGUUUUCUAUUCUAAUUCUGCGGCUAUUCUAGUCCACGACCGCCGGCCAAUGGGCUACGUCCGCCAGAGAGUAAACGUUCUCUCUGUCUCUCCUCUCCUGCGCCCCUCUGUACCCCGUUCCUCGCGUCAACCGCAGUCGUUCUCGAGGCAUCGCAUGCACCAGAUUAUUCGUUCCUAUCCUCCUUUUAUUUGUCCACGCCGUUCGCGAUUGAAUCCUGGAACGGCGGAAAAAUUCAUUCGACGACUUUCCCCGUGAGCGCAAGUGCUUUCUUUUAAUAUCCCUCAGUGGCUGUGAACAUCCAAGUCGAAGUAGAAAAUUCAAGCAGGGGCAGAACGCGCUUCGGGGAUCCGCGAUAAGCGUGAUCCUGGGGUCAAGGAUCGACCAUAGAUCUCGAGAGACAAUUCCGUAGAUCUAUUGCGUUCAUCGUAUGCUGGUGACUUUCAAAGUAGAGGACGGGUCGAGGGUUCGUUCACGUGGUUCCCCUCGUAUCAUCUUUCAUCUUUUUCUCGUUCGAGUGUGAAAGACUCUGGUGAUCCGUUGUGUGCACGAAAAGGGGUGAAUUUCGCGGGAGAGAGACGGGGUGUGACUUUGUAGGGGAGGCGCGCGAGGACAGUAAGAAAUGCAGUGGCGUCGACAGCGAAGGAUUACCCACGUGAUCGGAUCAUCUAAUCACGUUCUACUUUUAGCGAGGUACCAAGACGCUCCGCCCGGUGAAGAGGACGAAGAAGAGGGAUUGCGAAACGGGUUCGUGAAGGGAAAAGAAAAUGACACGGGCACGCACAAUUUCGGUCGUAACCCGCAGAGUGGGCACAAGCCCCGGAGAUCCGGAAGCACCGACGGUGGCUACGCUGGCGCCCGCCACAAAGACGAGUCCUCCGGUUCGCCGUCCCAGCCAAAGGUCAUCUUCAACGAGGACGAGUACACGAGAAUCACUACCCCUCGGCAGGACAUGCUGUUCAAGAAGGGCUACCUAUCGAAGAAGAAGCCGUGGACCGGGAACGCAAACACCAGCGCGACCUCCUCGACUACCGAGAGCCAAUCGGCGUCGCAUUCCACCGCAGACGGCAGCGAGACGACCGAGGAUCAACAGCUGUUGGACAGGGACUGCACCACGGGCGAGUAUCCACCGAUGAUGGACUCUGGCGCGCAAUUAGGCUACGGGACGUUUUACGACCACGUGGGUGGUUACUACUACGAGUAUCCUGUGAUGUUGGUCGGUCCUGCGCCGAUGCACCCGGCGCAGAUGGCUCCGAACGUCCUAGCGGCUAUGCCCUGUGGACCGGUACCCCUCAGGCCGAUAGAAUGGGUCAAUCCUGCCUUUGUACCGAAGAUGCCUGGGCAACCGUAUUGCAUGAUGAAUUACGAAGCCAGCCAAGGCACGGAGGGUGCGGCGUUAGUGGAAGAGGGCAACGAGAGUUUGUUGCUACCGGAGAACUCGAACGGGACUUGCAACGAGAGCGGAACCGGCAGCGCGAGUUGCAGCGAUAGCGUGGCCGGCGAAACGGAAGAGCAAACGGCCACGGAAGCCGCCAACGCAACCGAGGAACAACAGGCCGACGAACAAACGGAGGAGCAGACGGAGGAACAAGCGGAAGAGCAGUACGAAGACGAGCCGCAAGCGGAAGAGCAGCCUUUGGAGAACGGUGGACCGUUCUUUGAUCCGAUGUUGAUGCAGCAGCCGGUGCAAGUUUCCCACGUGAUACCAGUUCCUCAGCCGUACAUGUACCCCGGGCACUACAUGUUCGGUCCUCCCAUGAUCAACGUGAACGGUGUUACGCUACAGGGCGGACCCAUGAUCAGAACCACGGAGUUCGCGGCUAUGUCGGCGGCCUGUGCCAAGCGAAGAAAGAAAAAGAAGAGAAGGAAGCAGAGAAGACUUGCUGCGGGUAACACGGAGGACGAGGAAGAAGGAGAGUACAGUUCCGAGUGUGAUACCGGUCUACCGUCUUCCCGGCUGUCCUGGACAGCGUGUUCAACUUCGAGCAAUCGACCGCUGAACCCCGAGUGCCAGGAGUUCCAGCUGCGGCAAACCGUCGAAUUCGGUACUUCGCAGACCGAAAUCCCAACGUCCGCCAACAAUACGCCUACGUCCGAGAAGAGUUCGACGAUGAAUCAGUCGAGCACGUUGUCAUCGGACGCGAUGUCCGUCGAUAACGAGGCGUGCAACGACGGCGUGUCCGACGAUUCGAAGGACAGGAACGACGAACCAACGGAGAGCAGCAAGUCUGAUCAGCAAGUGAUGUCGACGUCUACGACUUUAGUGGAAAUCAAAUGUGAAUCGAAGUCGUUGGAAGCGACCGACGACUCGGAUAACGAAGCAAAUAGACUGACGAACCGCCUACCCGACGACGGGCCGGCAGGUCCUUCGAUGAACGAGACCGCGAGGGACACGACCGACCGAGAAAAACUGCCAAGCACUACCAAAGUAGCAAACAAUGAAGCGCCGAGUGCCAAUGAACUAUGCGAACGACCGAGCAACGAAAUGAACGGGAGGGUUCUAGUGAACGGGAAACUGGACUCCGACCUGAACAACGAGGGUGUGUCGACGAAAGUCGAAUCGAGGUCGUCGUCUCCCGUGUGCGAAGAGAAGACGAGAUCUAGAUCGAACACCCCUAAGAGCGUGGAGAACGCGCAGGUUCGCGACGAUCAAAGUCGCGAGACUCUGUCGAGUAGCAGAUCGUCGUCGAACAUGAAUCCGAAGAAGUACAGCGCGAAGGGUAACAAGUUCGUGCGGGAACCGACACCGGGCCCGGAUCUGAGCAAUGCCACGGAUGUAGAGAACGAAACGAAUAUCCUCGAUCUGACUCAGAGUCUGGAGACCAUGAAUCUGUCCAACGACUCGAAGUCAGAAUCUUGUGACGACAAGGUAUGCAAUUAUCUGAGCAAAGAAGAAGUUAUCGAAGCGCUGAAUGAGGACUCUGGUUUCGAGAGCCAAACGAGGUUAUCGGAUUAUCCGAUCACGGAAGCGGUAAAGGAGUGGCUCCGCAGGGAAAAAUCGCCAGACUUGUUCAUCACGUCGACCGUGUCUAUGGACUGCGAGGAGGACGAGGACGACGAAUUGGACGAGGAAGAGCCGCCAAAAAACUUGCAAGGCAACCCCAUGCCUGCACUAUCUCUUAAUAGCGGUGCGGACAAUGCGGCAUUGUCGCGCGCAGCUAGCUGCGGGGAAUUCGCAAGGAUCAGCAACGUCAAGAACGGGCAACAGGAACAGCAGCAGCAGCCGGAAUUUAAUAAUGGUGGUAUCUCGAGAAAGAAAAAAGAUGCGAAGAAGAGAUCGGAGGAACGAAGGCGAGUGGCUAGGCACGUAAUGGACGGCAAGUUGGACCAUGAAGUGAUGUCCUCGUCGGAUUCCUGCGGUCAACAAGAGGAGGUGAUGAACAUCGCGAGGUGGAAGAACCCGGUCAGGCAGCAACAGCAAGAUGCCGUUGGUGAAGUUUGCGAAUUUACUGAGAAGGAUAGCGUUGCGGGUAUGAGGGUUGCUUUAAGCUCUCGGAUGGACUCGAAGAGGGUCAAUGUGCGGCGAACGAAAAGACAAGGGAAAUCGUACGCGCGGGAUCCCACGAACAAUAACGAAACGAAGAAACACGUGGACGACGUGGACGACGAGAACGAUGAAGGGAUCGUUGAGGAUAAGAUGAACGUCAGGACGUUCGAAAAGGGAGAGAUAGUGGUGUCCGAAGAAGGGAAGUUAUUGAUGACUCCCGUUUACGAGAUAAACUUGUGGAACCAUCAAGACGCUUCGGCUGUGAUCAAAACUGUGAACAAGAAUGAAACGAGCAAACAAGUAACGGAAAAGAGGAAAGAUAAGAGCAAAAGAAGCAGCAGCGACGAGGAAGAGAGCGCUAGCGGAAUAGGUUCCUUGGACAGUAUAGAGGAGCCUGACGUACUAGAAUGCUGGGAGGCGGAAAUAAUCGAGCCUGUGAUAACGCCGAAGAGGAUGUUGCAAAGCGAGGGAGUAUCGUGCGAGGGAGAGGCCGCGGAAGACGACACCAUCGAGAUCGAACAGGAGUACGUGCAGAAAUACUAUCGAUUAGCGCGUGAGAGCAUUACCAGCGUAGACGACAUUAGUCUGAAGGCAGCAGACCCGUCGACUUCGUCCAGAUCAGUGCCAAAUACGUACGAGCAAAAGGAGGUUCCAACGUAUAAGAAGCACGCUGGAGACAAGAAUAACGUCCCCAUCGACGAGGCUUUUGAAGUAUACGAGAGCUGUUACAACGGGAACGCUCCGUUUCUGACGAUCGAUCCGAAAGUUUUCAAAUCACGAACGUUGUACGGGCAGGAGGGCGAGCACCCGAUACCGUGCAAGGCAGCCUGUUGUCGCAUACAAUGAUUUGCCGCGGAUAUUUUUAAUCAACAACCUCGUUCACGCGUGUGUCAUCUGCACACGCUCCUCUCCACAGGGGCGUUUAAUAACUACGUACCGAUGUCAAGGCCGUCCUUUUCUAAGUACCGUAAGCCUCUGACGUUGUACUCUUUGCUGAUUCAUAUUGUAUAAGUGUAUUUCGCGAACACGACGACAGACGGGAAACAGAUGCGCGUAAGUUGUCGCCUAUCGCGCCACUCAUUAUUAUUUUCAUUAUCGCUAUUAUAGCGCGUUCUCUAAUUGCGUUAAGCGAACUACGAAAGAAAGACAUGUAGGAAGGGAGAGAACAACCCUGUGGAUCGAAACUCUGAGGCAUGCUCAAGGGCAGCGGAUAAUAAUUAUAGCAGAAGCCUACGUAUCGCUAUUCAUUUUUGUAAAUAGCUUUAAGAAGUCGCUGUCGCAAAUCGUGUUUUACGAAGACUUCGUUCAGAUGUUAUUAUCAUAUGCAUGAUUGUAUAUGUUUAUAUAUAUAUGAUAUUUUUUGACAUUGUCGUCGAUACGUAACUUGAUGCACAUAUUCCUUUUACUUUUCGUUUUCAUUCAUUCUCUUCUUUCUCUAUUAAUUUUAAUUAAAUGAGAGAAAAAAAUAGUUCGUUCAACAUGUAUGGAACAUCGUUUAAUAUGAAUCGAGCUUAUCGAAGAAUCGGUUCACCGAACUGUAUAAAUAUACGAAUAAAUCUUGAAGUCUGAACUCUGCGAAACAGAGUAACGAAAAACAAAGAAAAAUACAAAAUAAUAAAAACGCGAUCGACACAGAUUUGAUCGAAGCAUGCUGCGCCACGUUAUUGCUUCUGUUAUUAAUCGCUACGAUAUUUUGUAAGCAUUAAACACACGAAUUCUAUUACAUCAAAGUGACUAAGGCAUAUUUUUUACGAAUCUUAUUGUAGAACGUAAAUUUUAAAGCACGUUCAAGUUGAGAAAAAAGAGUAAAGGAAAGAAAAAAAUUAGCGUUGUUCCACGUACCACAUUAGAUGGCCUUUUUCGCUUAGAGACAAACCGCGGUUGUUCUUGGUGCAAGUGUUCUAAAUGUAAGCGAGUUGUAAAACCAUGAUGUUCACUUCGAUAGGGUCAUGUUGAAAAUUCCUAAGACGAGCAGAAGAGCUUGCGCGCUAUUCAUGGGAAUUCGGGAUUAAAUAAUCGAGCUACGCUUUAGAUAAUGUACAACAGUCGUAUAAGACACAGUAAUAAUAACGGAGUAGAGUUUACAAAGGAUUAGAGUUAUCGGAUAUGAAACGAACGAAAGAUUUGAUGAACAAAAUGAAUACUAUUUAACUAUACCGCAUGUAGCACUACGAGAUGUAUAUAGAUGAACUAAAGAGAAGAUUUAAAUCGCAUUCGGUUCUUGUUGGACGAAUAAGAGAAACGGCAUGUUUGUAUUAGAUGUUCAAGUCUGGAGGGAAAAGAAAAUAGGAGAACGAGCCUCACUCAUAAGUACAUACGUAUAGUGUACACGUUGUACACAUUGCAGAAGUUACAAUUGUUAUCUCAUAGAUCAUGCCUUAGUUAAGUUGUAUCAAGUAGAUCGAAUACCUCAGUUUGCAUAUUAUGUAAGUCGAUCGAUAGACGUGGUUCAUGAAAAAAUGUCAAGUGUAGCUGGUACGUAAUACGCAUCGUGUAUGUACGUAUGGUAUGUAUACGCGUAACGAUUUGCAUUGAUGUGGCAACAAACACGUAUGAUAUACUGCGUACAUUUUUGCAAACCGUUACGCAUGAUUCAUACUGCUAUCAGCUAUAAUUGAUUAGAGAAUACGUAAAAAGUCAUAUAUAUAUAUACCCCAUAUCAUAAGGCGAAACAUACCUCAGAUACCUGUAUAUAUAAAAAGAAACUACUGAUCAUCCAGGCAUUAGCAACAUCAAUUACGAUAAUAAUAAUAUUAAUUAUUAACAUUAAUGAUAACGUUAAACGAUAACUGAUAAUAAUAAUAAAACUAUUAUCACAACAGCGAUAUAGGCACAAUCGUUCCUGCGAAGCUUUAGAUUCCCUAAGCAUCAUUGUAACGUAACACAAUAAAUAAUAAUCCAGGACGAUACCAUAAUAACGAUAGAAGAAGAACGAAAUUCAUUUGACAUCCAAUUACAUUACGAAGAUAUAAAUGUAUCGCUAUAUUGAAUAACGCGUUGUAUCAAUUGUGUGCCUUAUUCCGCGGCUACCAUUUUUGUAACUAUUCUCAAAGCCUUAUUCUCGAUGAAAACAAGAAGGGAAAGAGGACGAGGACAAUGGCUAUCGAGUGAUUUAUGUGACGGUUGAAAUUUCGUGAAAUCGAGAAGAAGACGACGAAACGCAAGGCUUAAGUUUCACAUACUUACGGUGAUGAUGGUUCUAUCCGAGCAUACAUACCAAACAAAGACGAAUACAUUGAUUUUUUUUUGUUCAUACAUUACGACUACCAUGUUCAUCAAUUAUUUACGACCGAUGCGUACAUUCGUGAACAUUGUUAAGCAUUAACAUCUUACACUAGCAUCUUACACGAGAGACAUGUUAUCGUAUACUUAUAUUUUAGUUGAAGUAAACGUGUAAGGAUAAGUGUACUUGAAUUUUGUUGUGUUUUUGCUUAAAAAAUAACGAAUAAAAUGUUUCAAUUACC